ACAACCCACAACGAAGUUGACUGAGAGUUUGAGGCUGAAUUUCGGAGAGUUUUGAAUCCACAGAUUAUUCACUUACGGAAUGGUAUUUUUGCCAUGAGACACAUUCAAAAUGACAGCCACUGAGAUACACGCAAGUACGAAAUGGUUAAAGAACAGAUUAUACAAUUAUAAACUUGUUCUAAAGGAGGACAAGCCAAGAAGGGUGACUCCAUCAGUUUACACCCAGGAGAUGUUGCAGUCUACAGAGGAGCGCCUUGCUAACACCAAUGAGAUACGACCACCCCGGAUCCUUGAGCUGCUUGACAUGAGCAAGACUACGCAUCACAAAUCAUCCUUAGUGGAUAUGGACCAGGCGCUUUUCCAGCCUUACCCAUCUGAGCUGGUCUUCCAGAACUUCACUUCUGCACAGACCUACAAGUUACCACUACUCCUCCGCAACAAUGACAAGGUUUCACGACAAGUGAAGCUGGAGCUGCAGGACUCAGACUAUUUCCAUGUAUUUGGACCGGAGAAUGCAGGUAGCAAGAUUGGACCAGGAUUGUCUGCUACUUUCACUGUCUCCUUCACACCACAGGAGGACAAGGACUACCACCACAGACUGGUUUGCGUGACAGAGAGGGAGCGGUUUGAGGUCCCAGUCCGUGCCAUUGGGCCACGUGCCAUUCUUGACUUUCGAGAUGAGCUCCAUUUACCCCUCUGUCCGGUGAAAGCUUCCACACAGAGGACUCAGCUAGUCCGCAACAUAGGAAACAGCAAGGCAAACUUCAAGCUGCUCACACAGAGGCCUUUCUCAGUGACACCCUCCUCUGGGACUCUUGAUGUAGGUGAGAGCAUGCAGGUGACUGUGGAUUUCCACCCUAUGACUGUAGGAGACCACAGCCAGGACCUGAUGCUGCACUACCAUACUGGUGAAGAUGUGUUCAUCAGCUUGUUUGGGGCUUGUGAGGAACUGAAUAUCCAUCUUGAGCCUGACUCUGUCAUAUUAAAAAGGACUUACAUCUCUCUGGCUACCACACACAAAGUGUCUCUCACCAACAGGGGCGACAUCCCCCUACAGUACUGUUGGUCAGCUUGGCCCAGCCAAGAUGAGGAAGACCUGAGCUUAUUGAGGGAGAGCUCAGUACUACAGCAGAAGGAGGAGGAGGAAAAAGAGCGGUUGCUUUUCCAGUGUGAGUCCGACCCCACAGCGAUCCAUCGCAUCCCACUGCUAGCCAGAGCCCUCCAGGAAUGUAAAAGCCAGGCUGCGAAGGACCACCUCCUGACCUUCUCACACAGCUGCAUAACUGUGGAGCCAGCGGAAGGUGAAAUAUGGCCCAGCAUGACUGCACAGUUCAACAUUGUCUUCAAGCCUGAGGAGGCCAGGCUUUAUCAACAAACCAUAUAUUGUGAUGUCACAGGCCGUGAAUCUCGGUUACCUCUCACAAUCAAGGGUGAGGGCAUGGAACCUCAAGUCCAGCUCAACUAUAACCUGAUGGAUAUGAAAAAUGUAUUCAUCGGUGCCAAAAACUGUUACGAGGUGCUGGUGUCCAACAAGGGGCUGAUUGAUGCCCCUUUCAAGCUGUCUAGCCCUGACACUACGUUCGGCCGCUGUUUCUCCUUCAGUCCUGAGGAAGGUGUUGUUGCCUCUGGGGCCUGCCAGACUGUGGAAGUCACCUUCCAUAGUCGCAUCUUGGGAACUUUCUCUGAGGACUUGCUGCUGGCUGUCACAGGACAGCCCAAACCACUUACCUUAACCUUCAGUGGUUGUGUCGUUGGUCCUACAUUCGACUUCAGUGUUUCAGAGUUCAAUUUUGGAGAUGUAGCCUUUGGUUUCCCAGUAACACUGAUUUGUACUCUCUUCAAUACCUCUUAUGUGCCGAUGACCUUUGCCCUGCGUGUUCCGGGAGAUGGGUUGGGAUCUCCUAGUGUUACUGUUAAUAAACAAGUAUCUGAAGUGUCCAGGAACAAUUGGCAAGGCAGUGCUGUAAGAGACCGUCAUGCAAGGCCUGCAGAGUUCACCGUCAGGCCUGCUGUAGGCUCUGUGUGUGCCAUGUCAGAGGUCAAAAUUAAGGUGACCCUGUGCUCCAACACAGUGGGUAGAUACAGGGAGGCUCUGGUGGUGGAUGUUGAAGGUGUGGGGGAGGAGAUCAUGACUCUGCCUAUCAAUGCCAGGUGUGUUGUUCCUGAGAUUGUGGCGAACACUCCAGUGUUGGACUUUGAAAGAUGUUUCCUGAAUUACCAAUAUCAACAGCUAGUACAGCUUACCAACCCCAGCCCUCUGCCUGUUUGCUAUGGCGUGCUUGACCAGGAAUAUGAUGAGACUCCGUCACUGCUCUUUGGCUGUCCUGUACCCAGAGGAGUGAUUCUUCCUCGCACCUCAGAGAAGCUUCCUGUGUACCUGCUGGCUAAGGCUGUUGGACAUCUGCGUCACAGUCUACGCAUUGCUUUGUUUGGCAGUGUCCAACCACCUCUGGAGGUGCUCUUAUCAUGUAUCGGGCAGGGACCAGUAGUCCACGUUCAGAACCCACAGCUGGACUUCGGCAGAAUCCCAGUUCUGACAGACAUUACUAGAACCCUGCAGCUGUCAAACCAGUCACCUGUUCCAGCCCACUUUACUGCUCGAAUGGGCUAUAGAAAGACCUUUUGGCGUGUUGAGCCCAGUGAGGGGGAAGUACCACCAGAGAGUCAGUUGGAGCUUCGGGUAGUGGCACACAUGAAGGACACGAUCCACUCGCAGGACAAGCUGAAAGUGUUCAUCCAGGACAGUCAAACACACACUAUCCCUCUGUCUGCCACAGGCACUGGCACCACAAUUGUCAGUGACAAGCCUUUUGCACCAAGUCUUGACUUAGGAACACACUUCAGUCAUGGUUCAUGCCAGUACCACUUCAAGCUGACCAACUAUGGCCAGCGGAUACACCGGCUGUACUGGAGGAAUGAUGGCUUCCUGUCCCACUCAAAAACCAGCAAGGGGGACAACUUAUCUGGCGGACUUGUCCUGCCCCCCAUCUCCUCUCCCAGGAAGACAGAUGUGUUCAGCCUCAGCCCUUCUCGUGUGGAGCUCUCCCCUGGCUGCUCUGUUGACAUGGUGCUGACGGGGUCCUCAGACUCCUCCAAGGUUGUACAGGAGCGUCUGGUCUGCCGCGGUAUUGUGGGUAACCAGGGCUGUUCUGAACUCAUCAUGUCUGUAGAUGUUACCUGUCGUUUUGUUGCUCCUGUGCUCAGCUUUUCCUCCAAGCAGCUGAACUUCUACAUAGAGAAGGUCCCAGGAAAGAGUCUAGUGCCCCUGUAUGAGAAACUGGUCUUGAAGAAUGUGUCAUCUCUGUCUCUAUCCAUGGAACUCUCUGUUGUAGAGCCAUUCUCUCUGUGUGAGGCCCCAGGAGCACAUAGCUCAGCUACCACUAAGUCCAUGGUUUUAGGUGACAGGAAGCAGGCUGAGUUGUGGGUAUGCUUUCAUCCAGUUAACUGUCAAGAUCGGCUGUCACGAGUUGUGGAUGAGUUCCUUGAGGUGCAUUACCAGGGACACCCACAGCAAGACAUGGUGGAGCUGCAUGCUGAGGUCCAUUUUCCCAACCUCCACUUUUCCUCCACUACAGUGGAUUUUGGCUGUGUGCUCAACUGCACAGAGACUCAUCAAGUAAUCACAAUCACUAACUGCUCCCCACUGCCUGUGUCCUAUUGCUGGGCUUUCCGGGAAGACCAGAAUCACUGUGCCAUCAGAGAGACGCUAGAGGAAGAGGAGGGGCAGAAAAAUCCAGAAAAUGAGCCUGAGGAAGAGAGGGGUUCCUCUAGAACUCCAUCACCUGUCUUUCCAGUUCCUCUCAACCCCAGGCCAGGUGUAUGUGAACAGAACAGCACACAGCGCCCUGUGUGUGUGGAAGAGAUAUUUGAUGUCUUGCCAAUGUAUGGUCAUCUGCAACCUGGGGACAAGCAGCUAGUCACAUUCUCUUUCUACGGCCAUGAACACAUCAGCAGAGAGGUGGUAGCUCAGUGCCAUGUGAAAAAAGGGCCAACAUAUGAAAUCAAACUCAGAGGAGAAGCAUCAGUAACCAGCUACAGCCUUGAUUUCACCCACGUCGACUUUGGUCUGCAGCUUUUUGAUCAUGUAGCAGAAGCUGAGGUAACCCUAAGGAAUACUGGCAAGGUUGGAUUCAAAUUCAGCAUCAUACACCCUCAAAAGGAGGGGAAGGAUGUAGCCGAAGAGGAGGCAGGGGGACAGAGGAGGGCCCUGGAGGAGGAAGAGCAGCAGCCAGAUGCAAGGCAGCAAAAAGGCAAUGUGCUGAUUGAGGAGGGGGAGAAGAUCAGACCUGGCCAGCUCGUGGUCAUCCCCACCUUGGGUUACAUUGAUGCUGGUGCGGAGCAAUGCCUGCGUGUGUUUUACCUCCCUGGCACCCCUGAAGUGUUCGAAAGGCGGCUUCAGCUGCAGGUGGCUUUCUUACCCCCACAGGAUAUCACUGUGACUGGAGAGGGAGUGUUCCCAAGGGUCAGCCUCAACUUGCCACGAGACCUGUCUGAGGAGUGCUACGGUGAUGUGGUGCAGCAGGCCAGAGCAGCACUGGAGGCAAAUGGAGUCAAAGAGGAGCUUAUGAAUGGGCUUACCACUGGUGGAGGAGCAGCAACAGAGGACAGCUGCACACUCACAUAUGAAGAGCUGCUUCACAUGGAGAUUGAAAGAGUAUUGGUUAAACAGAAUGCUCUUGCUGUGACUGGUAGCUUGCUGGAACUCAGAGACUCAGAGAGUUCCUCCAGAAAGUGGUACAAACUUAGCAAAUUCGUGCUCCCAGAGUACAUUCUGGAUUUUGGUUAUGUCAUUCCUGGCAAAAUCCUCAGUCAUAUUGUCAGUGUCACCAAUACUGGAUCAGUACCUGUGUCCUUCCAUGCCAAUCACAAAUCUCUUGUUGGCACAGGUUUCAGUGCCGAAUUUGAAAGAGUGAAGAACAUGCCCUGUGGCGAGAAACAGACUUUCACAGUUAAAUUUGAUCCUCAAGGAGCCAAACUGCAGAUGGGGGAUAUACGUGUUGUCAUGCCAAUACAGGUUGCAGGUGGCCCCGUGGUGCAGGUGCGGCUGUGUGCAGUGGUGACUAUGCCAGCCAUUACUGCUUCCACAGAUACACUGCUGUUUGACACUGUACAGUGUGGCAUGUGUCAGAUGAAAGCAGUGCAGCUAUUCAAUCAUGAGUCUGUGCCCUGCCACUGGAGAAUAGCUGAUGAAGUUAAGCCUUUCAAAAAGGUAGAUAAGUUCCUGCCUCUUUACCAGCGUAAAAAAGUCUUACAGGAGCAGCGACAUCCUCCAGUGGUGUUUGAGAUGAUUCCCUCUUCUGGCACGCUGACUCCUGGAGAACGAGUCAAUGUCCAGAUAAAGUUCAGCCCUGCUGAAGAGCAUGCUUACAACAGGCAGCUAGUGGUCCAUGUUGCUGAGAGCACCCAGCAGGUGUUCAUUACAGCCCAUGGUCAGGGUAGGGAGCCACAACUUGAGUUCCUGCCAUCGGUGCUGGAGCUGGGGCCUUGCCUGCCUAUCAGCACUGAGGUUGAAGCUGAGGUCACCGUCAAAAACCCCUGCUCUUUCCCCAUUGAGUUCUACUCCUUGGAGUUUGACACGCAGUAUCUCGAGGAAGAAAAGAUCUUGCGUCUGAUGCAAGGUUAUGAUGAGAACAACACAUUACUGCUGCCCCCCAGGGUCCCUGGAGAAAGUCUUCCCACAGAACUGCUCAACUACUACAAGGAGUAUUGCUCUCAGCUGAAAGAUGAUGAGCUGAAGGAAGACUUGGAUAAAGAAGAAGCUGAGAAGGAUGACGCACAGGAAGAAAAAAAGCGGUCAAAUCAAAAUGAUACCCAACAACCAGACAGCAAAGAGGAAGAAAUACCCACUAACACUGUGAAACCAGCUGGAUUAUUCAUUUCAGAGAUGAUCAGAGAGGUAAGCAGUGGGAGACUGGGACAACUAGAAAUGACCCCCGUUUCCAGAGCAAUUGCCCGCCACAUGUGUGUUGAUCUGUCACCUGAGGCUCUGGCUGCACGUAACCGCAGAGGAAUUGCUAUUAUUGUGUAUGGAGCCCCACUGACAGAUAAGAGCAGCACAGUAGCUGCUCUGACUUGUCACUAUGGAGGAGCAAGACUGAGUGUUGAUGCUGUGGUUACGGAUGCGCUGAUACAUUGUACUUCACCUGCUAGCUUGACAGCAAGACAACUUUAUGACUUGGCUGUAGCCGAGUAUGCUGAGAAGGAGGCUGAGGAGGCUGCUCAGGCCAAUGAAAGCAUCACAGAACUGGGACAUGCAGCACAUCUUGAAGCCUCAGAUCCAGCUACCAAUUCAGCUCCAGCUUCCCUUGAUACUGUGGAAUGUCCUCCAAAACCCAGUGAGGACCACAGCACUGGAAAUGGAUCCAAGCAGACUGACAGAACACAUAUUGCCCUUUGUCUGGAGAGAGGUGUGAUCACACUCAGCAGUCUCCUACCUGAUCAACUACUGGCUGACAUCCUGGCAGAGAGAUUUCAGUUAAGUGAUUGUCACCGUGGCAUAGUGAUCGACGGCCUGGAGUCUGUGUUCACCCAGUCAGCGGCAAGCACACUGCAAGUUGUCCUUAAGGCCCUUAAUAACCGCAAACACAUCUAUGUAGUCAAUUUGUCUGACUCCUAUGCUGCUCUGAAGGCACAGGAGAGAGCACAGACAGAAGCUGAAGAGGCUCUGCAGAGGGAGAAAGUAAACAGGGAGGAGCAGUGGUUACAGGAGCUGGAUGAGGAGGAGUAUGAUGCUCUGUCAGAGGAGCAGAAAGAGCGUAUUAUCCAGCAACACAGAGAGAAACUCCAACAGCAGAAACUCAGGGAGCUUGAGCGAAUAGUGAAGGAGCAGGAGGAAAAGAGGCAACAGGAGGAGAUGAAGAGGGUGAGAGAUGAAGAGUUGAAGAAGUUUAAGACUAAAAAUGGUGGAAAGAAGGAUAAUAAAGACGUGUCAAAGAAGAAGAACUUGCUAGAGGGAAAGCAGUCAACAGAUGCUUUGAAUAAACAGAGGAUAUCUUCUGGUAACAACUCUAAAGAAUCACUGGUGGAUGCAAGAGAGCAACACAAUUUAAAUGAAGGCCAUCAUAACAAAGAGGCUGUUAAUUUACAAAAGCAGUCAGAAGAAACCGUAGCAGUACAUGCAGAGUCUCCUCAACCCACGGACAAGCUGGAGAGAGAAAAGUCUUCUGUGGAUGAGCUGCAAUCUCAGUUUAGUGCAUAUGAGCAGAGCCAGAUGCAGGUGGAGCACAUUCUGCAGCACUGGGACCGGGCCCAGGGCUUGUUACUGGUCCCGCUCCCCAGUGAAGAACCACCAACAGUGUCAGAGGAUGCCCAAACAGAUAAACAGAUGGCAGCACUAGCUGACCCAGAAAAGGAGGGAGACAAGGUGUCUCCACAGGACAUCAUCCCUCACAUUGUGCUUAAUGUAAGAGAGAAAGACUAUCCAAGUGCCACAGAGCUGCUCAGAGACAGCACCCUGCCUCCACUGGAUAAGGUUUUGGAUGAUUUAGGGUUGGGACCCAGCGGCCCACCCAUCCCUCCUCCUGUCACCUUCUCUAUUGUUCCUUUCCCCAAAAACAGGGAGCAACCUAACAGUCAACUCUUCUGUGACUGUUUCACCUUCCUGGUUCCUUCAGGACCAGAUGAACAGGGUGAGGAGAAGAAAGAUUCAGAGGAGGAUGUACAAGCAUCAGUUGUUAAGGUAAUGAGGCAAGUGGCACCAGCAUCUAAAACUCGCGGCAAAGGCAGCGUGAAGGAGAGUGCUGUAGCAGAGAACAAGGAGAAGAAGGGCAGAGAGAGUCAGAAGAGCAAGAGACGAACUUCUGCCAAGGCAAAACCAAAGGUCUUGGACCAGUCCCGCUCACCUUUACGUGCCUCCACCAUAUCUGACUGCACUGAACAAGACCAACACCAAGGAAACUUAGAGCUGAGACGUAACCAGAGGCUGACAACAUUUCGCUGGGUUGUACCAGCCAACGGUAAAGUGGUUCUGAAGAUCUGGUUCUACUCAGACUCCCCAGGGAUGUUUGAACAGACCUUUAACUUUGAGCUACUGGGGACCCAGAGACAGUACCAGCUCCUCUGCAGAGGAAGUAGCACCUAUCCCUCCAUCUGCAAAGACUACCGGACUCUUUUUGCUCUCAGUAAAAAGGUGCCAAAAAUGGAAGAAGGGCUCCAGAAGACUUACAUAGUCAAGGCUGGAUAUUUUGAGUUUGGACCAUUACUGUGUAGCAAGACCAGAGACAGAUACAAGGAAAAUAAGUACCCAGAGAACACAGAGAGACUGAUGAUUCAUAACAAUUCGGGUCUGGAGGCUGAGGUUCAGUUCCAUUUCCAGCAUGACACACAGGCCACCACAUAUCUGCUGGACCCUCCAGCCAUGACUCUCAAACCAGACCAGAAAGAGGAGUUGACAGUGUGGGCCUACCCAACAAAAGUGGGCCAAAUGAAGGACAGUGUAGUGUGCUGUAUUAAGGACAAUCCAGAGUCUGUCAUCAUCAACCUUUCCUGCUGGGGCGUUCAGCCAGAACUGGAGCUGGAAAGCAAGCAUUUGCACUUUGACAGGAUUUUGCCGCACAGGCGGGACAGCCGUAGUGUGAUGUUACAUAAUAAGACAGCUCUGCCUGUAUCCUGGAGACUGCAGGGUGUGGAGGAGUUGGGUGAUGAGUUCAGUGUGCCGCAGGAUCAGGGCAUCAUCUCACCUAACUCUUCUUUCCCACUGAGUUUACAUUUCAGGGCCAGGAGGCCACUCCAUAUUAAGAAGAUUCUACGUCUAGAGGUGUCUGAUGUGGAGAAGAUUCUAGGCAUUGUACACACUGAAAACAUACAGGUCACAGCUGAAGCCUAUGAUAUAGCUCUGGACAUCUCACCAGAUGGCUGUCUGGACUUUGGAACCAUUAGAGUCUUUGAAGAGACCAAACUAUCUCUCAGGAUGAAAAACCAAGGAAAAUAUGAAAUAGCCUACAAGUUUACCUUAGAGCAGACGGACCCAACCCAGGCAAACCUAGACUCCAUUUUCACUGUGUCCCCCCAGCGUGGUACUCUGAUGCCCCAUGAGAAGCCCACAACUGUGCAGAUCCUCUGCAGACCCAACACUGAAGUUUUAAUUAGAGAGCAACCUGUCCUGCUUUGCCAGGUAAUUGAACCCAACAUUGGGAAUGGAGGCGAGACCAUAGCCAUCUUAGCCAUUAAGGUGUCAGUCCAGUCUGUCUUCUCCAGGUACAAGAUCACACCUGCGUGUGACAUCAACUUUGGUCCACUGGUCUAUGGCUGCAAGAAAAGCCAGAGCUUCAUGAUUGAGAACAAUGGAGUCUUUGAGACCUGUUUCAGUAUCUGCCGUAUGAUCAAAGACCCUGUUCUACUAAGGAGGCCAGGGGGUCCAGGUAAGAAGAUCCCUCGAGAGAACCAUUCACAGAGACCUACUGGUGCCAGCAGCAAAGUGAGAACUGAGUCCUUCCAGAGAGACAGUAAUAGUAUACAGAACUGCCUCACCAUGGGAGUCUUCUCAGUGUCUCCCUGCACAGGGAGCCUGCAACCAGGGUCUCAGCAGGUGGUGACAGUGGACUGUGCAGCUGAACAGCUGGGCAGCUGGAACCAGGGUUUGCUCAUUGACAUCAGUUACCGUGACCCCUCGGACCAGCCUGAGGGUAUACCAUACAGACUGCUGGCUGAAGUCUGCAAGCCAGGCAUUGUGUUAGACAUGGCCUCCAUCUUUGAAGAGCAUCAUCUCUGCCACAACAGCAGACAGCUCUCCUCUGAGCAGUUUUGCAGUGCUGAAGGCAUUUAUGUCCUGGAUGAGAAUAAGUUCAUCUUCAACAAAGUGCUAGUUGGCGAAACUGCUCAGGCUCGCUUCAAACUCACCAACAAUAACAAGGUGCCCUGUGUGCUCAGCUUGGCCAUCAAAUAUGGUGGCACGAAGUCGUCCCGGGCCGUGGAGGUUUUUGAUUUGUCUGCUACAACAGUGAGCAUUCCCAGCCAGUCACACUCGUUUGUUGUGGUCACCUUCACACCACAAACAAUGCAGCUAUACAGUGCUGUGUUUGAGGCCACGAUGGAGGAAUCCAGCAGAAUGACACCCACCUAUAAGACAAGGGUGCUAGAGUUUGACCUAAUGGGAGAGGGCAAUCUGCCCAGUGUGUGUGUGGUGCGUCCAGCUCUGAGGAACAGCAGAGGAAGCCCAAUGUUGCAGUUCAGGCGGGUAUUGGUGGGGCGGAGACAUACCCUGCCACUGGUGCUGCUCAAUGAUGGAAAUGUUCCAGCUCAGGUCCAAAUUGAUAUGCUGGAUAAACAUGGUGUGUUCACCCUCAAAGCUGCUCCUGGAAACACUUGCAGCUCCAUUCACUCCACACAGCUGAAAGGCACCACAGACUCAGAGCAUCAGUUGGUGCACAGAGCCAUUCUUAGGCUGAAUGUAAAUGAACAGGUGGAGUUUGAGGUCAGUUUUUCCUCUGACAAGCCACUAAAUGUCACAGCCAAGAUGACACUGCAAGUGGAGGACAACCAGUACAGCAAUACCAUAAUACAACUGACUGGAGAGACUUACCAGGAAAUUGUCUCUCUUGACAACAUCAGCAAGUCAUUGCAGGAAAUGGAUCAGGGAGAUGAUGACAGAGGUAAUUAUGAGUCACUGAAUUUUGGUGACUGCCAUGUAGAUUGUCCUUACCAAGAGAGUUUCACCAUGACCAACCACAGCAGCUGCCAGGUGGUGAGGUUUGAGUGGCCUCCUGCUGGACCCCAUGUCUUCUUUUCUCCACAGGUGGGACACCUUCAUGCUAGUUGUUCUAAGGAAGUGACUGUCACCUUUAGCUCCAAUCAGCCAGUGACUCUGAACAACCAGCCAAUGAGAUGUAAGGUUUGUCAGGUGGAGUUCCAGCAGCCGCUAGAGCAGGUGGCUGACUGGGACGACCGACAGAGGACAGUCCAGUGGCUGAGCGCCUCAAAGCAGGCUUCAGGCACACAACCACAGCAACCUGUGAAGAAUAAGGUGAUAAAGACAGAUCCCGAGCCCUGCUGCUCUGUGGUUGAGGGCUCGCAGUGGGAGUUGGAAUUGCGAAUCAGCGCAGUUUGUGGCUAUGUGAAGUUCAGCUGCAACACCAGCACCAUCCACUUCAAAGACACUAUGCUUUACCAAACCAGACUCCACCAACUGGAGAUAGUGAAUGAGGGUAGUGUCAAAAUGGAGUUCUCCUGGCAGGUCCUCAUGGAUCCAAGCAGCAAAACUGUCAACAGUAACCAAGGAGAUGGGAACUCCAUUUCUCGACCUGGCAGCAGGUCAGCAGGAGUCUUUACUGGAGUUCGUCCUGCCAGCGCUCUGGCCAGCGUGAUGUCUCUUCUGAUGGGGAGUCCUGAGUUGCCACCCUUCAGUGUUGAACCCAACAUGGGGGCCAUAGAACCUGGUUCCAUGCAGACCUUCAGCUGUCGCUUUUCACCUCUCGAGGUGGCCCAGUUUCAGGGCAGGCUGUUGUGCAGUAUCCCCAACUUGCAGAAUGGAGAUCAGGCUCCCUGUAUCUCAGUGUUGGGCUGCAGCCUACAGCCAAACUGCCACUUUGACCUUGAGGACUCAGACUACAUCAGUGGGAACCGUCGGAACCCUGAAUUUAGGGGCCCUCUUGACCCUAACACCAGAGUCAUAGAAUUCAAUGCUGUUGGCCUCUCUGUGCCAUCAAAAAGAUGUUUUAUUGUGGUGAACCCAACCAGUAAACCAUUUUCUUUCAAGUGGAGGUGUGAAGACGCAGGUGGCAGCCCAUUUCAGUGUCUCACCCCGUGUGGUACCAUCCUGCCUGGGAAGAAAGUAGAGAUGUGUUUUGAAUACAUAGCUGAGAAACUGGAUACGGUGGAGUCAUUCUGGAGCUUUGUGACUGAGACUCUAUCACUGUCUUUUCCCUUCCUGUGUGUGGGCAACACCAGAGAGCCGCUUGUCUAUCUCAACAGAGCUCACAUUGACUUAGGAGAACUGCUUGUUGGUCGUAAAGUGGAGCAGACAGUCGAUCUGGUGAAUGGAGAGGAGGAGCCUUUUCACUUCUCGGUCCUGCAGUCAUCUCUUCUCUGUGAAGACCAGCAGUCCAGCCUCACUGUGCAGCCCAUGAAGGGCACAGUGUCAUCUAAAGACAGGUUGCCAUUGUCAGUCUCCUUCACACCUUGCCGGGAGGGCUAUGUGAGCUUCAGAUUGGUUCUGAGGGUGAAGAGGAAGUCAGAUGCACUCACGCUCCCUAUUAAGGCUGACUGUUUCACCAUGAGCACUUUGGUUCAAGUUGAGAAUCCAGACGGAGGCAUCAGAGAGAUCGACUCCAACCACCAAGACACCCUGGACUUUGGAAAGGUGGGGAUUUCAGAACAAUCCAGCUUUAAUUUUCUGGUGUCCAACCUGGCAAGAUUCAGCCUGGAGAUGAAUUUUGACCUAACAGGUCCAAGUGAGCAGCUGAAACACUUGGAGGCAAAACCACAAAAUGCUACUAUUGAAGUUGGGAAACAGCUGCAGUUGUCACUUUUCUUUUGUCCCCGGAGCAACUGUAACCUCCAAGAUGUCAGACUGAGUAUCAAGGUAAAGCAUGGGCCAACAUUUACCUUUUCCAUUAAAGGCGGGGCGGUAGCACCUAGCCUAGAAUUCUCCUUCACCAAAUUCAACUUUGGCAAGCGCUUCCUGUACUCUCCUGGCAUGAUGCCGACCUCCAAGAGUCUUGUGAUCAGCAACAAGGGUGAACGGGACAUCAGUGUCCAGUGCCAGUUCAAGAACACCUCUUACCUGGAGAUUAACUUCCAACCAGAUAUUUUGUCUUCUGGUGCUGUGAUGGAGGUACCAAUCACCUUCUAUCCCCGUGACGCAUGUCGAUACCAUGAAAAGCUCACCUUCAUCUUGAACAGCUGUGUCAAGAAACAGGUGGACAUACUUGGGCAAGGCGUCGAGAUGAAGCUGGAAGUAGAGGAUCCAAGGCAGCGGAACAUGAAUCUGGGAUCUCUGAUGGUGGGUCAGAAGGUGAAAAAACAGGUGGCACUGGUCAAUCGCAGCCCUUUAGACCUUUCCUUUACCCUGCUUCUCAAGACAAAUACAACACUGGACUCAAAGGAUCUGUCAUUCAGUCCAGAAGGUGAGCUGAACCUGAAAGCCAGUGGUGCUUGUAAUGUUGAGAUCCAGUUCUCGCCUCAUCAGCACAUACCUUCCUUCAAGGCUGAGCUGCAGGCAGAGUUUGCAGGCCUGUUACACCCCCUGCUGACCAUCCAAGGUUGCUGUCAGGGUGUGGAGGUCCAUCUGGACCAGGACCACCUGGCAUUUGGAGCCGUAGUACAGCGCUGCCAGGCCAAGAAACGGAUUGUCAUGAUGAACACUGGAGACAUUGGUGCCCGCUUCCACUGGAGAAAGAACUUUCCUCCAGAGUUGUCCAUCUCACCAGCUAAAGGCUACAUCUGUCCAGGCAUGGAGGUUCCUUUUGAUGUGACUUUUUCACCUGAGGAACUGAGUGAUGACACAAGAUACGAGAACUUAUCUUGCUUUGUUGAGAACUCCUCCUCCCCCGUCACCCUCACUGUGACAGGCUCUUGCAUUGUAGCUUCCACUGGCAAAGAGGUGGUGAAUUUUGUAUGUCCAGUACGUGGCUCUCACACCCAGACUCUGCCCCUGGUCAACCCCACAAACCAGCGUUGUAGCAUCAGACCUAUCAUUGAGGGUGCGCAGUGGAGCGCUGCGCCCUCCGUGACCUUUGAACCCUUCCAAAACAAGACAUAUGAAAUCACCUACCGACCACUGACUAUGACUGCUGAUGGAAAGAAGCACAUGGGAUCAGUCUUUUUCUCCUUCCCUGAUGGGACAGGCAUGCUGUACUCCCUGCAGGGAACUGCUGAUCCUCCCAGAGCAGAGGACACAAUUGUGUAUGAGCUGCCUGCCAAGACUGAACACACACAGUUGCUCCCUGUGCACAACUGGCUUUCCAAGCAACAGCGGUUUCGUGUGCUGAUGGAGAUAUUGAAGCCCGACAAAACAGAUGCUACAGUGUCCCUCAAGGGUCUAGAGUACAUUGAUGUCUCUGCUCUGGCCAAGAGAGACUACAAGAUGUCUUUCUUUACAUACAGGGAGGGGCAGUACAACACCAAGGUGACAUUUCUUAAUGAGGUGACAGCUGAGUACAUGUUCUACCUCAUCACCUUCAAGGCCACAUCUCCAGGAGUCCUGUCCACCGUUGAGCUGGUGACCACUGUCCGCCAGACAACCUCUGCCAGUGUCCAGGUGGAGAACCCCCUGACCACUGUUGCCUCCCUCAGCACUGAGUGUAAAUGCACUGAAAUCAGUACCCGACCUCAGCACACUGUGCCAGGACAGUCCAAGGGUUCUGUGUGCUUCAAGUACCAGCCUCUGCGUGCAGGCAAGUCUACAGCCCGGCUGACUCUGUAUAGUAAUGAUCUGGGCCACUUCCACUACAACCUGCUUCUGAGUGCUCUGCCCCCACCACCAGAGAAAACCGUCUUCUUCUGCACUUCACUGGGUAGCAGCCACUAUGUUCUUGUCAAAUUCAUCAACUACUCCCGCUUCAAAACAGAGUACUCAUGUGAGACUGAUUGCCCUGACUUCACCGUGGACAAAAGUGUUGGUGCUUCACCAGGCUUCGAGGCAGGGUCAGAGGUCAGUGUGGAGGUCUGUUUCGAGCCUCAUCAGCUGGGAGAGGUGAGAGGCCAGCUCAGCCUGUCUUCAGGAAUCGGUGGUGAAUACGUCUUUCCUCUACAUGGGAACUGCCUCCCUCCCAAAGCCCAGGGCCCGUUUAGCAUCAGGGCUGGCCGCAACGUCACUAUCCCCUUCAAGAAUGUGUUCCUGCAGACCACCGCUUUCUCUUUUCAGGUGGACAACCCCAGCUUUACUGUUAAAGGAGUGGACAACAUCCUCUCCAAAAAGACACAAAAUAUCCUGGUGUCAUUUGAGGCCCCUUCAGGAGGCUCUCCGGGGCCCUGGUUUGGCACGCUGACCAUCUCCAGCCAGUGCUCUGAGGGCCACAGGAAGCCCUGCUCAUGGGUCUAUUACCUGAAGGGCUACCGCCCUGAGUCAUCUUAGAGGGAGAAAUAUGUACACACACAUACACACCCAAAAUGACAUAUACACACUCAAAUGCCAAAGUAAAUGUGCAUAUACAGGCAACCAUUUGGACUGAAGCCUUUAUUUGGUAAUUUUAUUUUUAUGAUACUACAGUUUCAUAUGUUGACAAAUCAUUUAGUCAGUGCCUUAAGUGCAACAUUAAUGUGAAAAAUACAAGCAGGAAUUGCUCUGUGUGUAUUUAUGUGGUUUAAACAAUUAGUUGUCACAAAAGUGUUCAUAAAUAUUUUAAUAGUUAUCUGAAUAAAAUCCU